AUGCUUCGUCGAGGCCUGUCUCCCAGACGAGCGAGGACGGAGACUGGUUGGCUCAUCCACGCGACGACGUCGCGGUCACUCACGCACGAUUCGAUGUCGACACAUGAACUUGGCUCGACUGUCCGUAUACACUCCGCCUGCGUCGCGCCCGAUCAUCGCCGGAAAGGAGUCGGGCUCGCGUUGUCGAAGGGGGGUACUUGUCACGCCUGGACACUCAGCCCGGCCAUCUGGGACAUCUGCUCAUCACACACGAGGAUCUGCACGGUCUGUACGAUACGGCUGGCUCUGAGUGGCUCGCGACCAUGGCUCGAGCUGCGCAAGGUACUCAAUCUCUCGCAAUCGCCGUCAAAACAACCGCCCUCCGUGCCCGCCGACGUCCGGGAGCAGCUACGACGGGCGUCGAUAUUGAGUAUCCUCCCACAAAUGGUGCACCUCUCAGCAUGGGACGCCGACCACGAUGGACGGGGCACCCAGCGAAACGGAACCGACUGUCGUGUCCCCAGGACGGGCGUGGCAUCGAUAUGCUUAAGGACAUUGGAUUUCACGCGGCCCGUAGCCCUGCAAGCGACGGACAAGAAGCUGAAGCUGUUGAUUCGCGCGGAGUGCGACCUUGGACCGUUGGGAUGGUACGAGGAGGGCGGGAGCGAGUUCUGGUUGGCCUAUAUGGUUCACACGUCACCUUCGAGCCAUUCUUCUCGCAGCAAUGCAGUGCGAGCAAGAUACUUCGGUCGUGUGCUCUGCCUAUCUAAGUUCACGCUGCCUGGAGCGCCCAUAACCUAUAGACUGCUAACGUUUGCUGAGAAUCGCCGCCUCGCCUGUGACGUUGAUACGAGGUGGGACAGCAUCACAUCAGAUGCUCUUCGGCCCAUUUGCGAGAACUUUGCGUUCCUGCUUGAUAUCAUAACAGGCAAUAGCAGCCUGGAUAUAACCAGAGAGUACAUUCAUCGUGCUAUUGGAGCGUUGUUCAGGGCUGCCAUGAACGACGUAGCCUACAAGGCGAUCGUGGCCAUGAUCCAGCAGGUGCCGCAUAUACCAGAAGAGCUGCGCUCGUCAUCACCGGACAUGGACGUCGAUGAAGAGUCUUGCGUGGAGUAUAUCUCGACGGUCGUAAUCCUAAUGGGCUCGUGUCACAAGAUUGUAGACCAGAAGUUUAACUACCUCAACGUUGUCACUGAGAGUACCCUCGUAAAGGAAGGGUCCGUACGACGUCUCCCUGAGGAGCUCAGACUCACGGUCGACGACCUGCGAUGGGACAUCGGUCCUCUAGAGGUUCAAGUGAAGAGUGCGUGGAGCAAGAUCGAGGAUGCUGCAAAACAGGCAAAGUUGGGUUUGCACAAUGUCACAUCCGUGAACACCAUCGAUGACCUUGUCCUCCGUUUAAAUGGAUACUGGCGUCAGGCGAAGAUAGAGGCAAAGGAUCAAAGGCGACUUCUUGCAACACUUCGUACAAUGGUAGAGCCACACCCGGUGUCGCUUCACAAUAUGGCGAAGCUUAUCAGCGUUGAGCCUGAUCCGUGGAGAAAGGUCUUUGGUUCGAUUCUGCUGUUGAUUAAGACGGUAAACGGAGAUGGCGCAAUCUACAGCGUGAUCAUGGACAUAUUUUCACGCCUUUCUACCAUCCUCCAACGCGUUUCUCCACAGCCUUCUCUUGGGGAAUGCAUGAGAUCCAGCAAAGUUUGUUUGCGCAUCUUGCUCGAGAUGAUCGCGAUCAUGGUUCUAUCUGUGGGCGUGGUCACCAAAGGCCAGAAUCUGCGUCGCAUGAAAGCGUGGGCAGGGAUAGAAAAGUCGGUGUUGCUCACACAUCAGCCUCUGCAACUGGCGGUGGACAACAUUGACGGCCUGGUUGGGAAGCUGGUGGCUAGCACGUCGGACUCCAAGAUGGUGUCCGUUACUGAACAGCUAUGGAAGAAUGCGUGCAACGUGUAUAUGAAGGCGACGGGAAAGGAUUUCCGAUCUACAGAAAUACUGCAAGGGAUGAGCAGCGUGGAUGGCCUCCGGUCUAUGUUGGACACGGAGACGUAUCAGUUCAUGCGCGAGAUGCACAAAUAUGACGCAAUCCACAAGACGCUCGAUCUUGUCAGCAAGUGCGUUAGCCAACUCGUCGACGUCGUUUCCGACGCUGUAGAAUCGGUAAGCUGCAUCCCAUCCACCCACACGUCUGUAUUCAUUGCUCCGAAAUAG